UCAUAUUUAGAUUACAAUUACAUGUGUGUGUACAUCUAACCUUCAUGUUCUAGUAAACAAACGCCGAUAUACAUUACUGCGCUGUAUUAUUUCAUAAUUGUAAACUGUGAUUUUAAACGAAUAUUUAUGAUUUCCAUACCAUGAGUAAUAUAGCACCAAGUAAAAGUACAGUGUAUGUCUCUAAUAUUCCUUUUGAUCUGAAGAACAAUGAUAUUCACAAAUUAUUUGAAAAACAUGGAAAAAUUGUUAAGGUUACAAUAGUAAAGGAUAAGGUGACACGCAAGAGCAAGGGUGUUGCUUUUAUAAUGUAUUUGCUACCAGAAGAUGCUAAAAAAUGUGUGGAAUCUACAAAUUUAAAAGAAAUGUAUGGGAGAACAUUGAAAGCAAGCAUUGCUCAAGAUAAUGGAAGAAGUGCCGAGUUUAUAAAGAAAAAAAUAUAUCCUGAUAAAACAACUUGCUUUGAAUGUGGGGAAACUGGUCAUCUAAGCUACAGUUGUUCUAAAAAUCUUCUUGGUAAUAGAGAACCACCACCCAAGAAGAAAAGAAAAAGAAAACCAAAAGCAUAUAAAGCACAAGAAAGCAAAAAUGUAGAUAUUGUUGAAGAUUCAGAUCAUAUAUCAGAUGACGAAACAUUGAGCGCAGCAAUUGCAGCAGAAGCAGACAAAGAAGAACUUGAUAAUUAUAGGUUUCAAGUUGCUACUGGAAGUUAUGAAAGUAGUAAACCUAAUGUAACUCCAAGAAAAAGAAUUAGAAAGAGCUCUUAUUUUAGUGAUGAAGAAGAAGUUGAAUAACUUAUUGUUAUUUAUAUACGUUUUGUUUCAGUUACAAGGAACUUUUAUAAAUUUUUUUACACUUGCAAUGCAAAUACUAACCUACUUGAGCUAGCAGUCAAUAAUACAGACGAUUUUGUAGAGUCUAGUCGAGUAAGACCAUAAUUUUUCAACCCUCUCGUAGAUGUCGCUAGCAUUUAGUUUUGAGUGUAAUUAUUUCUUGGUUUGAAUGUUUUGGCAUUGAAUAAGUUAUAAUUUAUUAUAUGGUUAAAGACAAUAUUGGGUUGCAAAGGAAUAUGCAAAAUAUACAAAAUUAUUAUUAACAAA